UUGCCCCUUCUCUCACACUAGAAAUACAGCUGACUCUGCUUUCCUGUUCACAGCUCUUUUGUCAUCCUGAACUGACCUCCAGGUAACUCCCAGCAUGAAGUUCCUGGCCCUGCUCUCUGCCCUUCUCCUCCUGACCCUGCAUGGGAAGGCUCAGCCCCUGGGAGAGGCACCUGACCAGUUGCCCAUAGCAGAGGAAUCAGUUCCCGUGACUGAUGAGGACACCCCUCUGGACCAGACUAUGACUGAGGAGCAGGGCAUGGCCAUCUCUAUUACAGGUGAUCAACGGCUCGCUGAAGAUGCUACAGGCUAUCAGAGGAGCAUGAAUUGCCACUGCAGAGUGGGAAAGUGUGAUCUCCAGGAGCAGCACAUUGGGCCCUGUGGCACCACAAAGAAGCUUUGCUGUAAAUGAGCUUUGUGGAUGAGACCCAGAGCUGUGGACCAUCUUGCUGUAGACCCAGAAAAGGGCUGACUCUUCAUGAUUUGUAACCUUCCUUCUAUUACUAAAUAAAUUUCAGAUAUAGGGCUAAGUGGUUUUGCUCGUGGUUGAGCACAUAUUACAAUGUGCAAAGAAAGACCAAGGUUUGAGUCCCUUGUCCCCACCAGCAGGGGAAAAGCUUUGAGACUGGUGAAGCGGUGCUGCAGGUGUAUCUUUCUCACGCUUUAUCACUCCCCAUGCUCUUGAUUUCUGGCUGUCUCUGUACUAUCAAUGAUAAUAAAAAAAUUUGCAGACACUAA